GCACAACGUUUUAUUUUGCAACUGUUUGGGACUAAUGAUUACACUCCGGAGUGUGGUCUUUGCCGACGUCAUUUCUGUGCGACGUUGUUGUCGCUCCACUUCGCGCUCAGACGGAGGGUUUGGUAAGGCGGAACAUCAAGUGGUGUAUGUAUAGGUGUUUCUGUGGACGGUAGCAUGGAGUCUGUGCCAGAGCCCAGGUCUGUCAGACGUUCCCCUCGCAUGUCAAAGUCGCCGGACAACAACGCAGCCAAAAAGGAGAGCGGCAAGACCCGGAAGAAGACGAGCAACCUGCAGGAGACUCGGAGGAGAGGAAGAAUGGACAGAAGUAAAGGAGAAGAGGACAUAGCCAAUCAACUGAACAACCUGGAUCUAUGUAACGAGGCUUCAGCCACAGGGACUGGUCUGGUGUUUGACAGCAUGUUCACACACCAUCGCUGUCUCUGGGAUCCCAGCCACCCAGAAUGCCCAGAGAGAGUGAGCACUGUAAUGGACACAGUGGAGAAACAGGGACUGCUGUCUCGCUGUGUUACAGUGGAGGCGAGGGCUGCGUCUAACGAAGAGCUGCACUUAGUUCACACGAAGGAGUAUGUAGAUCUGAUGAGGUCCACUCAGCGUAUGGACGAAGACCAGCUGAAGACGCUGUCUGACUCCUAUGACUCGGUCUACAUCCACCCUGAGUCAUAUUCGUGUGCCAGUCUGGCUGUGGGCUCUGUUCUGCAGCUGGUUGAUAAGGUCAUGACCUCAGAGCUCCGGAAUGGAUUCUCUGUUGCUAGACCUCCAGGCCACCACGCCCAGGUCGACCAGAUGAAUGGCUACUGUAUGUUCAAUAAUCUGGCCAUCGCAGCGCGCUACGCACAGACACGUCAUCGAGUGGAACGAGUUCUGAUAGUGGACUGGGAUGUGCAUCACGGCCAGGGGAUCCAGUACAUUUUCCAGGAGGAUCCCAGCGUUCUGUACUUCUCAGUCCACAGAUAUGAGGAGGGUUUGUUCUGGCCCCAUCUGCCCGAGUCAGACAGUAGUGCUGUGGGCACCGGUUCUGGGGAGGGAUACAACAUCAACCUGCCCUGGAAUAAGAUUGGAAUGAAAGAUGCAGACUACGUUGCCGCAUUCCAGCAGCUUCUUUUGCCUGUAGCCUAUGAGUUCCAGCCUCAGCUUGUCCUGGUGGCAGCAGGCUUCGACUCUGUGAUAGGUGAUCCCAAGGGAGAGAUGUCUGCCAGUCCUCAGUGUUUCUCUGUUCUGACUCACAUGCUGCUGGGCCUGGCUCAGGGGAAGUUGUUGCUGGUUCUCGAGGGAGGAUAUAACCUUCAGUCCACAGCAGAAGGGGUGUGUGCCUGUCUGAGGUCACUAUUGGGGGAGUCCUGCCCCCGCUUGAGGUCACCAUCCAUCCCGAGUGACAGUGCCCUGAAAUCCAUCUCCAGGUCUAUCUCUGCUCUGUACCCUUACUGGACCAGUCUGCAGGUACUGGAGGGAGGGCCUCUAUCAGACAGCGACCCCCUGACCCCAGCAGAGAGCAGUGAGGAUUUUAGUGAAGAGCUCUGUGAGGAGAGAAGAGACAGCCUGGACCUGACCACGGGCCUGGUGUACGACCAGAGGAUGAUGGAACAUCACAACAUGUGGGACAGCCACCACCCAGAGCUUCCCCAGAGGAUCCAGCGUAUCUUCUCCCGUCACGACGACCUGGGCUUGGUGUCCCGUUGCCUGAGGAUACCGGCUCGACUUGCCUUAGAGGAGGAGCUGGCUCUGUGCCACAGCUUGGAGCACAUAGCCAAGAUCAAGGCCACAGAGGGGAUGAAGACGAGGGACCUUCACAGACUGGGAGAUGAGUACAACUCUAUCUUCAUCAGUACUGAGAGCUACAGGAGCGCCCGGUUGGCCGCUGGGGCCUGCUUUAAUGCAGUACAGGCUGUUCUGACGGGACAGGUUGAACAUAGCGUGGCCAUUGUGCGCCCCCCUGGUCACCAUGCCGAGAAGGACGCUGCCUGUGGGUUCUGUUUCUUCAACACCGUCGCCCUGACUGCCCGAUACGCCCAGUCCAUCUCCCAGAAGCCCCUGCGGGUCCUCAUCCUGGACUGGGAUGUUCACCAUGGCAACGGAACACAGCACAUCUUCGAAGAGGAUGACAGUGUCCUCUACAUCUCCCUGCAUCGCUACGAGGAUGGGACCUUCUUCCCUACUUCCGAGGACGCUCACUACAACAGAGUGGGCGAGGGGAAAGGAGCAGGGUUCAACGUCAACAUCCCCUGGAACGGAGCCAAGAUGGGCGACGCGGAGUACCUUGCAGCCUUCCACUCAGUGGUCAUGCCCAUCGCUAGAGAGUUUGACCCGGGCCUGGUUCUGGUAUCGGCAGGGUUUGAUGCAGCCAGAGGGGACCCUCUAGGAGGGUACCAAGUGACCCCCCCGGGCUAUGCCCACCUCACCCACCUCCUGAUGGGCCUGGCAGCCGGCAGAGUAUUGGUCAUCCUGGAGGGUGGUUAUAACCUGACUGCCAUUUCGGAGUCUAUGUCUGCCUGCACCAGCAUUCUCCUGGGAGACCCCGCUCUGCCCCUGCCUCCCUUGCCCCCACCUCACCCCAACGCAGCAGUCAGCAUCAACAAGGUCAUACGCACCCACUCCGUCUAUUGGCUGUCUCUCAGGAUACAACUUCCAGAGUCUCUCCGUCUGUCUUUGCCAAACCCCAAACCCCGAGGGAAGAGGACUUCUAAGGGCAAGAAGUCUCCCAGACAGGGUAACCAGGGCGGGGCAAGCCCUGGUCAGGGGUCACCUCAGACCACACUUCAGACCACACUUCAGACCACACUUCAGACCACACCUCAGACCACACCUCAGACCACACCUCAGACCACACCUCAGACCACACCUCAGACCACACCUCAGACCACACCUCAGACCACACCUCAGACCACACCUCAGACCACAUCUCAGACCACACCUCAGACCACACCUCUGCCCUCUGGUGAUCGGGGCGACCUUGACCUAGAUGACCUCACAAAGGGACUGGUGUCACUCGACCUAAACCAAAGUACCUCAGCCAAUCCCAGCCCAGCGUCUGUCCCUGUGGGUGGAGCCAGGUCGAAGGUGAGGCUCAGUCCUAUGAAGAGCCCUGUUUUUAAGGUUGAGACGGAAGCUGUUCCAAAUAGGCCCGAGAUUCUCCAACCAACGCCUGACGAGACAGAGACGCCGGCGGUCGCCAUGGCUGCCUCAGACCCAGUUACCAAGGGAGACCAGGAGAGCGGUGCGGUGGAGGUGGAAGGGGCGUCUGGUUACUCCAAGGAGCCGGUGUUUGAGCUGUUCUGUGGAAACCAGGAUGUGGACGGGAGCACCAUGUACGUGGUGGAUCCCCUGUCCUGGUGCCCCCACCUAGACUCAGUGAGGCCUGUUCCUGUUGGAGGAAUAGAUGUGUUUCGGCCCUGUGAGGACUGUGGAACCGACACUGAGAACUGGAUCUGUCUCUGCUGCUACAAGGUGUACUGUGGUCGCUAUGUCAACCAGCACAUGUUAACCCACGGCGUGUCGUCAGAACACCGGCUGGUGCUGAGCUUCGCUGACCUGUCGGUCUGGUGUUACUCCUGUCAGGCCUACGUCCACAACCAGAUGGUGUUUGAAGCCAAGAACGCUGCCCACUGUAUGAAGUUUGGAGAGGACAUGCCCCUCUCUAACUGAAGCCAUACAUGGAUGACAGAGAGAGAGAGAGAGAGAGAGAGCAUGCAGUGACAACAACACGGAGGGAGGGGGAGAGAGAGAGGACAUGCCCCUCUCCAACCGAAGCCAUACAUGGACGACGACACGCAGAAAGAGAGAGAGAGAGGACACGGAACAUAUGUUGUUGUGAAAGCAAAAUAUAAAAGACUUACUGUUCUGGUCUCGGUGCUAUUGUUAGUGCCUCUGCUUGCUUGGCAGACAUGACUGUGCCUUUAAAUCUCUCUUUAUAUUCUCACUUGUCUGUCUGCCUUUGUCACUCUCGCUCUCUCCCUCUCUCUUUCUCACCCUGUGUGUCUCUCUCUCUUUCUGUCUCUCUCUCCUUUCUCUCUCUCUUUCUCUCUCUCUCCUUUCUCUUUCUCUCUUUCUUUCUUUCUCUCUUUCUCUUUCUUUCUUUCCCUCUUUCUUUCCCUCCCUCUCUCCCUCCCUCCCCAGCCUAAUGUCAAUGAGUACAGUACCAUCAAGCACAACAUGCAUCAGACCAGUGAUUAUGUUGGCUUAAAUAUUAGUGCUAACAUCAGUCAUACGUUAUUGUAAAUAUCAUCUUUGUUUUAAAUACAUUGGACUCAUUGA